UCGGUUCUAUGAGUCGACUCGAAAUCGACAUAGACUGACAGUGCGGGCGGAGACACGGUGGACACGCAAAAGUCUUCAAAGUGGACAUUUCUGAGGGUUUAAGGACAGAAAUGUGAGUUCGGAUAUUUUGCAGAGACCUGUGGGAUUUUAUUUCCAUACAUCUGGAGGAGAAAAUCUGGAAAUAUUUCUUUUCGCUAGCAAUAUUAGUUGGCUAAGCUAGUCUAUGCUAACAUUCUACAGUCUAAAUCUGCCCAGGCUGUGGAGGAGAAACAUAACUAACUAUUCGCGUUUUCUUAAUUCGAAUAAUAAUUUUUAUUUCUAAAAUGAUAUAAAUUCACGAGUUCGCGAUUGAGUCACCGACUAGACGCUUAUAGAUGACAGAUGGUUAGCAAACCAUAACCAGAUUAGAAUCGCAUUAGUGCACAAAAAAUAAAAAUAAAAAUCUAUGCGUAUUAAUAUUUUUGUUCUUGUCUAUGGUUCUUGUAUAAAUCUACGGAAUCUAAUUUGUCACGUUUCUCUAAUGUUUGUUUAAUAAUCUUAUAAAGAGCCGUGUUCUUUGUGAAGUGCGUUUGCUAGCAGCGAACAAUGAUUAGCCACUUACACAAGCUCGUUAGCAAAUCAGUAAAUAUGGCGGUAUAAUUUCUAGCGUUUCUACAACUUUAAAGCUAAAACUCGUGAAUAUGCGUGUGUGUGAUAUGAGUAAAUAUUAAAAUUUAAUAAUAUCCGUGAGCUUUAUGUUUAAGAUAACUGGCUAGUAAGUGAGCAGGCUAGUUUUGCUAAUCUGCACCGCUAGCAUAAAGGGGUUGAGGGGUUUGAGGUAAAAGUUAUAAAAUAAACAUAUUAUUCAAAUGAAAUUGAUGAAAUCCCCAGGAUUUAUUCCACACAUGGAUGUUUAUAGACGGUGAAGUAUAAAAGAAUAAGUAUUUGAGAGACCGAGAGGGAGAAGGGAGGCUGCUGUGAGCUGGCUGAGGCUGAGGAAGGCUGUGUGGACGCUGUUGGUUGUGGAUAAAUGGACUGGGUUUUAUGAGACACUUGGACUUCUGGACUCUCGCCGAGGUUUGUUGGAGCUUGUGGCUCUGAUGUGAGCAGGAUGGGCACUCAGGGAAGCCCGGUCAAGAGUUACGACUACCUGCUGAAGUUCCUGCUGGUGGGAGACAGUGAUGUGGGCAAAGGGGAGAUCCUGGACAGCCUUCAGGACGGAUCUGCAGAGAGUCCAUACGCCUACAGCAGCGGAAUCGACUACAAGACCACCACGAUUCUUUUGGAUGGAAGGAGGGUGAAGCUGGAGCUGUGGGACACUUCUGGCCAAGGCCGCUUCUGUACUAUUUUCCGUUCCUACUCCAGAGGUGCACAGGGCAUUCUGCUGGUGUAUGACAUCACAAACCGCUGGUCCUUUGACGGAAUCGACCGCUGGAUUCGAGAGAUCGAUGAGCAUGCUCCUGGGGUUCCUCGGAUUCUCGUCGGGAACCGUCUUCACUUGGCGUUCAAACGUCAGGUUCCUACAGAGCAGGCUCGCUCCUACGCAGAGAAGAACGCCAUGACGUUCUUCGAAGUGAGUCCGCUCUGCAACUUCAACGUCAUCGAGUCGUUCACCGAACUGUCACGCAUUGUGCUCAUGAGACACGGCAUGGAGAAGUUCUGGAAGCCAAACCGAGUGUUCAGCCUGCAGGACCUGUGCUGUCGUGCCAUCGUCUCGUGCACGCCGGUGCACCUGAUCGACAAGCUGCCGCUCCCCGUCGCCAUCAAGAGCCACCUGAAGUCUUUCUCCAUGGCCAACGGGAUGAACGCGGUCAUGAUGCAUGGACGCUCCUAUUCGCUGGCUAACAGCGGCGGCAGCAAAGGCAACAGCCUGAAACGCUCCAAAUCCAUCCGGCCGCCGCAGAGCCCGCCUCAGAACUGCACCCGCAACAACUGCAAGAUCUCCUAGCAUGGGCCAGGCGGGGGGAAGGAUCCAAACCCCGCCCCUACAACACGUCCACUUUACACACAGGGCUCUGUGGAGGAGCUGCACACAGCGAUCAGAGACGUUUCAGUUCUUCACUCACCUUGUUAAGCUUCGCUUCGUCAACAGCAUGUUUCCCACUGUUUCUCGGAGUUUGGGGGAAAAACACGGAUUUUAAUAAACUCGGCGUAGCAUGCGUGACACGUUCCACACGACGGUUCCCGAAAGUGCUAGCUGUGAGUUGCACUGUGACGUGAUGGUUUGCGUAUUCCGUGGUGAACACCGUUAGUGUGACUGAAUUUCGUUUCAUCAGUCCUUUCUUGGAAAAACCCAUGUCCAGCAUCUCCUCAGGAGAUUCUAUUUUUUAUUUUUUUCCCUUAAGAUUUUAUUCGAGGUCGCAUUUUCUCAUGCAAACAACUUUUUUUUUUUUUUUUAUAUUCCACCAUACUGAAUAGUUUUUCCUGGAACACUUCUGUACUUUUUCCCCCUCGUGCCAAACCGAAUCUAAUCUAACUUGGUUGAAAGUUUAAAAGAAAUACUCCGGCGUGUUUGAGUCUAAUCUCGCUACUCUGAUCUGUUUGUAGUGUUUGUUUGAUCACUGCAGACAACAAGCUUGAACAUGUUUCAUGUUUGAGUUUCUCUCUCACAGUGGAAGUCUCAGGGCAGUUCUGAACUCUUGUUGAGAAACAUUUAAAUACAUAUUUUUGGCAGACGCCUUUAUCCCGAGCGAUUAGAACUGAGCGUGUGAUGGUUAAGGGCCUUGCUCAAGGGCCCAGCAGUGGCAGCUUGGCUGUGCUGGAAUUUGAAUUUGUGACCUUUUGAUUCAAAGUCCAAUAUCGUAACCACUGAGCUCCAAACUGUAUUUACACAAUUAUAAAAGAGAAAACAUCUACCAAAGCUGCUCUUCAUUAUAAAAAUAUACUCCCAGUUACUUUACACUUUCCUCCUUUUCUCCUUCUGAGAAACAAGUCUACAGAGAAGCUUGACUUAAACCUGUCUUUAUAAACAAGUUUUUACGUCCUAUCAGAGCAGGGAAUCGUGUCGAUCCAAUCACACACACACACACACACACACACGUAGGUUUUCUGAUGGAAAAAGCGCACUGGAGUACUUCCUUUAAACGCAAGUUGGACACAUUUUCCCUCGUCAGUCCCAGUCUUGUAAUUUCAGUGUUUUUGUAGCAGUGUUACGUUAAAAAAAACAAAAGGAUUCCUGUCAGUUUCAGUUUCUGGAGAAGGUCAAGACAGCGAUAGGGCCUCAAUGUAUAAACAUUAAGCACAAAUCCAAGAUCAAUACCAUUAGAAUUAGAAGCGGAUCCACGUUCUGACCGCGCCUGGAAUUAUUCUGUUUCAUUAUUUACAUCAAAGUAGCAGUGAUUUUUUAUUUAUUUAUUUCAUUUUUUUUAACCCUGAUGAAUAAUGAAUUCCCCUUUAUUUUUUCAGAUUUUCAGAGUGUCCAAGUCUUUGGGCUCUCUCUCUCUCUCUCUCUCUCUCUCUCUCUCUCGCUCUCAUAUAUCUAUAUAUAUAAUGUGUUUAUGUGUAGGAAUCUCAGGAAUUUCACUCCAAACCCCUUUAUUUGAUACACAUGCCACAUUCUAAAUAAAACGUCCACUUCACCUUUCAGCUAAACGCACCUUCAGCGCUCGCGUUCAGAAAACGGACGCCUGCAUGCGACCCGUCCAGUGAUAGAAACCCCGUGUGAGAAUGUGUUAGGAGACGUGACCCCUGUUAUCCUUUUAAUAAACUUUAAAUCCAUCUGCAGUCACGCUUUAGUGUGUAAUGUUCAUUUCAGAGGGCUGCCACUUAGUUAGGAAAAGUCCUCGGGUUUUGUAUCGUAAAGUGGGGUUUUUUUUUGUUUUGUUUUUUAACGACUCAUCUAGUUUUGCCCUUUUGUUUUGUUUUUUUGUUUUUUUUUUUUUUUACAUGGUUGCUUUUAAAAGUCACAGGAAUCUUUUUACGGACACAAAUUAAACCUGGUAAUGAAUAAAUUCAUUUAAUUCGCAGUAAAUAAAUUGUUAUUCUCCAGGUUUAUUUCGUGUGCGGAGGAAAAGGUGUCCUGUGGGUUCGGAAAAAUAAAAGGGAAGAACGACGUGAAAGCGACGAGCACGGUUCUAAACACUAUUUUAUUUUAUUUUUCUCUUUGGGUGUAAGCUAAAAGCUGCUGAGUAAUUUAAGGAAUCAACAACAUGUUCAUGGAACAAGAAAACAGUUUUUAAAUUAUUUACUGUACAGUUCUUAGUGUAUGGAAAAAAGACUUUUUCACAAUAAAAAUCAACAGUAUCA